AUGGCCACGUCUCAAGACUUGUCUCUUUGUGUGACUUGCGGAACGCAGUUCGACAUUCCUUUUGACGAAAGACCACCGACAUGCCGCAUGUGCAAUGAGCCCCGGCAAUUUGUCCCAUCAUCCGGACAAUCUUGGACCACCCUCGAAAAGCUCCACGCCAGCCACAGAAACGAGUUCAAACAGGACGAGCACGACGGUCGUAUCUGGUCAAUCUUCUCCAAGCCUCAAAUUGCCAUUGGUCAACGUGCCGUCUUCAUCCAGACCGAACAUGGUAAUGUCCUUUGGGACUGCAUCAGCCUGCUGGAUAAAGAGACUAUCCAGUUCAUCAAGUCUCAUGGUGGCCUCAAGGCUAUUGCAAUUUCUCACCCUCACUUCUACAGCUCCCACCUGGAAUGGGCUAAGGAAUUUGACUGUCCUGUAUACCUUGCUGCAGAGGACCAGGAGUGGCUGAAUCGUGAGGACACUGAGCAUCGAAGAGUGCUCUUUGAUGGCGAGACUCAGAAUAUCCUUCCUGGAGUGACUAUGGUUAAGCUUGGGGGACAUUUCCCUGGAAGUUCGAUCCUUCACUGGAACACCAAUAUUUUCACUGGUGAUACUAUCGGCAUUUCUCUGUCCGGUCUCAAUCGCGCCCACCACAACGAGAACCACCAAGUUUUCUUCUUUCACUAUGCAUUCCCAAAUUUCAUCCCACUGGGCCCUACUGCUAUGCGUCUUAUGUGGAAGAGACUUCGUCCUUGGGAUUUCACAGCAGUGUACUCUCUAUUCUUUACCACUACGGUGCAUGAGCCAAAUGUGAAAGAGAUUAUCUUGGAGAGUAUGAAACGCCAGGCUAUGCAUCAAGAGAAUGAUACCCAUCCUCUUAUGCAAGAGCAACUGGAGGCGUGA